UAGCAUCAAUCUUUGUUAUACAAUAAAUUAGUAUUGCAAUCAAUGUUCAGUAAUCUGGUGAACGGAAAACAUCCUCCGCUCUUAUUAGACAGUAUAUGAUAAUAGAUUAAAAAAAUCGCUUUGAUUAUGGAUGAGCCAGCAAGUGGUGGGCCGCAAUUUAAGGAACCAUUUUUCAAAGACGAUGUUCUAGUUUUAUACAUGCAUCCGUAUAAUUUUUAUUCACAGAAAAUACUUUUACUUUUAUAUGAAAAGAAUAUUGAAUUCACGCCUUAUGUGAUGGAUUUACUAAACGGUGAACAAUAUUCAAAAUGGUUUUUAAAUCUUAAUCCGAAAGCUGAUGUGCCCGUAUUAAAGGAUCAAUCGCUUGCUGUCACCGAUUCCCAGCACAUUAUUAAUUAUAUUGAAAAUAAAUUUUGCGAUGGCAUUCACAAAUCUUUGAAACCGUUUAAAGCCAACUCUUUGGAAUUUAACAAAUUGCAAAUGUUUUGCAAUAUAUUGGCUCCUUUGCCUAUUGGCGCUCUAAGUUUGGGCUCUUUUAUACACGAUGUUGAUUUAAAGUUGGUACCGAAACCGCCGUUCGUAGGACCAUUAAGAAAAGUUUGCUUAGGAAAUAAUGAAAAAGUUGUGCAAUUUUUGAAGCAAUCACUGCUUGAGGUGGGCGUAAAUCGUGCGCCGCUUAUGCGUAAAUUGGAGAUACAAGAACGUCGCAAGCGUUUUGUGUAUUCACGGAGCGAAUAUCAGAAAAUUUUGGACGCAAUACGUACUGUUUUGGAAUUUUUCGAACGCGAUAUGACGGCCCAUUCGAAGACGGAAUGGCUGAUAUCCAAUGAUUUUACGAUGGCUGAUCUGGCUUUGGGCCUCUUAUUGUUGCGUCUCUAUCAAUUGGGUUUUGAGAAUUACUAUUGGUCUUACGGCAAGUUACCAAGUAUUGAAAGCUAUUUUUUGCGUUUCAAAAAACGGACCGCUUGCCAAAAACUAAUGCCCAGUAAUUUUGAAUUUUUAAAAGAUAUUUGGCAAAUGACUCCAAACAAAUAUAAAAUUGGUACUGGUGCCGGUGUCCUAGGCAUGGCUAUGAUGGUGGCUUUCGCUCAUAAGUAAGCUAAAUUAACCCUUACAACACUAUAAUAUGAUAAAUAAAACAAUGACAAACAUACAAAAACAUUUAAUUAUAACAAACAA